GAGCGCCAUCUCUUCGUUUGAUUACGCAAUUGAAUGUUUUCAUCUUGAACCUCUGACUUUGCCGGGCCCGAAACACAGAUAAAAUGUCUUUUCAGCGACCUCUUUCAAAAUUUGUACGGAUCAAUGCAGUGCUGGCAUCACACGUUAGACCCUCAUCUCGAGCUUACAAUGUACUCUCAACCAGUCAGACGGUGACUCCAUCAGCAAUGGCGCCAUGUAGGAAACAGAUUUUAAGGCAGGCAGGAAACAGACACAUCAUAAACCCUCAAGUUCAGCAUGCCCGAACAAUGUUCAUCCAGACUCAAGACACACCCAACCCAAACAGUCUCAAGUUCUUGCCAGGAGUCGAAGUCUUGGGAACAGGCACCAAGGACUUCCCCAGCGCUAUGAAUGCACAUGGAUCACCUCUCGCAAGGCAAUUGUUCAGGAUAGAGGGUGUACAAGGUGUCUUCUUUGGGCCUGACUUUAUCACCGUAACAAAGAUGGAUGAUGAUAACAUAGACUGGAGGGUUUUAAAGCCAGAGAUCUAUGCCACUGUCAUGGACUUCUUUGCAACAGGAGUACCUAUUCUAACAGACGAGACGGCUCCAACAGAUACAGAGAUUCAAGAAGAUGACGAUGAGACAGUGAUGAUGAUCAAGGAGCUCCUAGAUACAAGAAUUAGACCCACUGUACAAGAAGAUGGAGGAGACAUAGUCUAUAUGGGUUUUGAAGAAGGAGUAGUUAAACUCAAGCUUCAGGGAGCCUGUACCAGUUGCCCUAGCUCUAUCGUUACCCUCAAACAUGGUGUCCAGAAUAUGUUGCAGUUCUACGUACCAGAGGUACUCUCGGUCGAAGCGGUCGAGGAUGAGCGAGAUGACAUCUCAAACGAACAACUCAAGAAGUUAGAAGAAAAGAUUGGAGACGUCCCGACCUGAAUGUUUGGAUAAGAGCAUCACGUAUACACAUAUCACAGCCUCUGUUAACCCGGUGUGGUCAAUGGUUCAUUUUGUGGUUUGGUUCAAUACCCUAAAACUUUAUGUCAGAUGCAUGAGCUGAAAGAGCAGUUGCUGCUUAACGUGUCUCCAUGUGUUUCGCAUCAUAAAUUAUAAUGUGAAUUGGCAACACAUUGAAGUUUAAAAUUAGUCUUUUACCAUACCAAGUGAUUUUUUUUAAACAUUAUGAAAAUGUUUGUGUCCAUAUAUUCUUUUGUUCAAAUACAGCAUACAUGCCAACUGUUCAGAUUAAAGAGGA